UUUUGCCGCAAACCUAAUCGCUGCAAUACAUCACUGCCAGCAGUGGCCCAGCACAGCAUCGCUCUGCCCGGCACAGCUUGGUCCAGCCUAACCCUUUGCGCAAGGAUGAGCUGUCAGUCAAGGAGGGAUCCAAUGGAUGUACAAAUAUCCGUUCACAUUGGUGGAAGUAACGUGAGGCACAGUGAGGAACAAGGCAAUGCAGGGGCAAACAGACCUGAUCCAGGUGUCUACAACUGUUCCUCCAGGAGAUGUGACUGCUGUCGUUACAUGAAAGCAAACAUCAAACAAUUUGAAAGCACAGGAACGAAGAAGUCUUACAGCAUCAGAGAAGUUCUGAGCUGUGAUACAAAGAGUGUCAUAUACGUGAUUGAGUGCCAGAAAUGCAGAGAGCAGUUUGUGGAGAAAACUGUAGGUCCCCUGAAGAAAAGGUUCAGUACUGUAAAAAACUCAGUCUUGAAGAAACAGUAUCGUCCUGUUUCCAGACACUUCAACAGCGACGGUCACUCUUUGGAUGACCUGAGAAUAUUUCCAAUCGAGCAGGUCAGUGAUAUUGAAAAACUAAAAGAGAGAGCAGAGUACUGGCAUGAAGAACUUGUACUGCUGGAUGUUGAAGUAGAUGAGCUGCAGUAUGAAUGCGAAGCGAUGGAGGAGCAGGGUCGUGUCCCAGGUGAACCGGUGCAGCCAAGCAGGGCAUCAGCGGGAGACUCGUCCACCAGCGUGGCACCUAAAAGGAGGAAUGAGGAGGAAGGUGGUGUGAGCCCAGCAAAGAAGAGGAGAAAGAAGAAAAAAAGAAUUUUGUUCUCAAGAGAGAUAGAACAACUUCUGAGUACAUGUGAGGAUGCCAUGAAAAACUGCAGAGAGACUAUAGCAGACAUUUCCAUGAAACUUCAAAACGUUUCCUGCACAGAAAGCAUGGGAUUUUUGGAAACCUUUCAGUAAAACUUUAUUUCUUUUUACACUGUUAAAAUAUUUAUGAUAGACAAGUACAGUAUAUUUUUGUAUACAAGUGUUUUCAUAGAAGUGCUGUAAAUUGUUUCAUAGCAGCUGCUCUUUGUUUUGCAGCAAGAACAUCACGUCAUUAA